AUGCAUUAUACCAGUUGUGGACUCGUUUCCUCAAUUUGCGAGUUAACUGAUGUAAUCUGUGUCGCAAGUUGUUCUGUCCGAACUAAAUAACAGAAGAGAAAUUGCUCCCACUUGUGAAAGCUGCAUGCGGCUGUUUUUUCGCUGUAAAAGACCGUCAUUAGUAAGCCCCAUGGAAAGCAGUUGGUGGUUAACACUGUGGAUUUGCUGUUUGUAUGUUGUCUACGGAGCUCCAAAUCCUGGCUCGCUGAAGAGCGCUGAGCCACCAGGCGCUAUGAAAGUGAAAAACGAAGUUGUGUGCGAAGGACAAAAAGCGUACGUUCAAUGCCCAAGCCCUUUCGAUGAUUUAGCAAUUGUGGAGACAAUGUACGGUCGUAAGGACCCAAAAAUCUGCGUUCACCCAAGUAUCCCUUCCAGUGCAGUAUGCCAGGAACAAGAGACGCAGGUUAAGGCUCAGAUUGUUGGUCUCUGCGAAGGGGAACAUGCUUGUGAAGUGGCAGCUAAUAACAAUUUCCUGGCCAAGGCUGGAACUACAAUCUGCCCUGAUGUGUACAAAUACUUGGAAAUAAAAUACAGGUGCACACCACGAACAUAUUAUCCAAAUGUAGACAGCGCCUCAGAAAAUAGCCAAUCAGUCAACGAGGUGAUAACUGGUGGCAUGGGAGGCGUAACUUCGUCUACCUCUGUCUCCACGGAAACGUCAUCUUCGUCUUCUUCAUCUUCCGUACCGGAAAUUACUGUUCAAGAGCACGAAAACAGUCAACCGAUCACUACUGCUACGUCACAAGCGUCUGUUACUCCAGUUGAUACACACAAUACCCCAGCAGUCGGAAGUGACGUAACUGAGGAAUUCACUCAACCACAGGCUACAACUGACGUAAUCACUGAGACGUUCCCGGCCAACGCGGCGUCGUCACAAUCAGCGGAAGUCAAUGAGACGUACAAAAAAUCAGAGACUCCUAUGCGACCUGAGGAGUCUGGAGAAGAGCCCAGUGGUGAGCAGAGUGCUUCAGGUGAUUGGAAUGAGGUUGAAGAGCAACGCGAUGUUAUUUAUGAUGCAGAGAUAAGAUAAAAGGGAGGCUCCCUCCAAACUGGUUGUUACUAACCCUGUAAGACUUUCAACACCAAUCCUGUGUGCGUAGAGCUGGAAAAUCACUUUGCCGAGGGACCGAAGGUCACUUACGAGAAUAUUUCUAAUAUGUGCAUUACCAUCGUUUACGUUCUAACAUAUUUGCUAUGCAUCAAGAUGAUUACAUUACCUUAGGAGUUGAAAAGGAUACAAUCGCAUUCACAUUUCCUCUGAGCUAUCAUCAAUUGAACAAGUAUAACAGCUUUACACACUUCAGUGGUUGAUUACUGAUAAUACUGUCAGCUACAUAUUGGCAUUUAGCUCAGUAGCCCGCUCUGAUAGAUAACACUGUUUGAUCACUUCGUAGCCCGCACUAAAAUUAGAAAAAUACUGUCCAAGAUGAGAUGAACAAUGUAACUGGCAGUCACAUCUUAAAACAUGUAUAAAUAAAUUUUUGU